AUGGCCCGCUUGCCAGCCCGGAUGUGGAUUCCAGUCAGCUUGAGUGUUCUGCUCACGUCUUGCGAGAGUCUGCUGGAUGGCGACGGCUGCCUGGCUGAUUCCCUUUGUGAGGUGGAUCCUUCAGGUCUGAUGCAGAUCACAUCAAUCAGGUCGAAUGCGGCCAUGGGGCUAUUCCGUGCCGCUCAAGUGCCUCAGAACACAUCCGAGGAGCCAACCGACAUAGAGCAACACUUAGCUGAACGGCUAGAGAGCAAGACGUCAGAGAAGGAGAACAAGGCCAGCAAUCGUAAGCAAUGGCCAGGGACGUCAGUCAACGACACAAAGCUCAACUCGACAGGAGAAGAGACUGCGCCCUUUGUGCAUGCUGAAUACCAGGGUGCCAAAGGGAAGACAGUUGAAGUGAAGGUUGAGAUAGCCACGGCUAACGAGAUCGUGUCCAUCUAUCUCUUGCUGUUCGUGCCGUUGGUCAUGGGCUGGGUGUACUACUGGUCAACCGGAUGUGAACAAGAUGUGCUAUACCAACAGCUCAUUCAGCUAAGUGUCGGUGCCACCAGCAUCGGGAACGUGAUUGCCAACCAGUCGCUUUGCAUUUUAACACGAGAACCUAUGGCCCUGACAUUUCUACAGGCUGCGGGCCUGUGUGUUGCUGGCCUCGUUGUCUCUGCCUGCCAAGUUUGCAUGGCAAAGCCCAAUGUGCAGCAUAGUGCAGAGCACGCCAUCGCAGGACUUUGCAAGUGGACGCCCGCAGCUGUUGCAUUUUGCGCGUAUCAGGUGGCAGACCACUUCUUGUCCAACAACAGCUCGAUUUCGGAGCGCACCAUUGUCGGGAACCUUGGGCCGGUGGUGGGCUUCAUUGUGGAAGUUACUAUGCCUUCCAUGUUUGCCCUCAGCGUUUCGAAAAAGUCUACUGCAAGCCUGUCAUCGAAGAUGGCCCUCUUUUGCACCGUUUUCGGUGCCACAAUCUUUGUGUUGCAAGAUCCUGACUUCAACUGGAUUGGCAUAGAGACAUCCUCAAUCUGGACACUCUCGCAUGUGUUGUACAGAUUGCUGCAGAGAGCUUUGCUCGGCAGGUUAGAUGAUCUUCCAGUUUCCUGGAUGAUGGCCUGGGAUGGCUUCCUGCUGUGCAUCCCGGCAGUGUUCAUGUCUGGUGAGUCUGCGGCCUCCAUUUGGAGUGGAUGGCAGAUCUGGGUCUCAAAUUCCCAGGUGCUGAUCUUAUUGCUGUUAUCUACGCUGUCUUUUGCUUCUGGGCACUUUGUUACAAUCUGCUGUCUGAAGAGCUGUUCGGCCACGCUUACGAUGGUCAUCGCGAACAUCGCCACCACCUUGUGCUUAGUUCAAGGGAUCCUCUUCUUUGGAGACAGGGAUUUCCAGCAGCCCCUGACAGUCGUGGGAAUGAUGAUCAACCUCUUUGGCGGCCUGUGGUAUGCAAAAAGCCAGGACACGGUGACUUGCGACUUCAAAGGCAAGGAAGCCGAGGUCCAAGAUGCCAACGUAGUAGAAAGCUCUUAA